AUGGGAGACUCAAUCCACGAGAUGACUAUGAAGUUUGCAAAGCUGGAGAAGUUCGAAGGCGUCGACUUCAGGCAUUGGAAGAAGAAGAAGCACUUCAUGUUAACUACUUUGAAAGCAGCAUAUAUGCUGACUACUCCAAGACCAGCGGAGGCUGAGGAAGGUGUUGUUAAGACAAUUGAAGAGAUAAGGAGGAGACAAAAGUGGGACAAAGAUGACUACAUUUGCAAAGGCCACAUUUUGAACGGCAUGUCUGAUGCUUUAUUUGAUAUCCAUAGUGAAGCCUUAUGUGCCAACGAGUUGUGGGACACCCUUGAAUUGAAAUAUAUCAUUGAGGAGGCUUAUAGAAAGAGGCUUUUGGUUAGUGACUUUAAUAAUUAUAAGAUGGACGAUUCAAGGUUUGUUACUGAACAAUACAAUGAACUCCUUUGCAUAUACGAUCAGUUUAAACUGCACCGUAUGAAUAUGGAUGAAUCCAUUGUUGUGUCAACCAUCAUUGACAAACUGCCUCCAUCCUGGAAAGACUUCAAACAUAACUUAAAACAUCAAAAGGAGGAACUGUCUUUGGUUAAACUUGCUAGUCACAUUCGUAUUGAAGAAUCUCUUCAUGCGAAGGAAAGUGACAAACUGAUAAACCCAAAGGAAAAGUUGAAUAUGUACAGCCCUCGGUUCAUAUGGUUCAAACAAAUCAAGGAAUCAGAACCACAAAGGACAUGGAAAAUGUAA